AUGGCAGAAUUACCACACGUCCUAAUCCUCCCCUACCCGGCGCAGGGCCACAUCAACCCGGCCCUCGCCUUCGCCACCCGCCUCGCCUCCAUGCGCCUCUCCGUCACCGUCCUCGUCACCACCGACUUCAUCAACAAUGCAACCGUCUCCUCCUCCUCCUCCCCCUCCGUCUCCAUCGCCCCCAUCUCCGACGGAAAGGAGAAAAUCGCCGCCUCCGAGUCCUUCGAGGCCUACUUCCGCCGCUUCACAUCCAUCCUCCCAGCCAGCCUCGCCCAAUUCAUCGACCAAAACAAGCGCUCCGCCUCCCCCGCAAAGCUCCUCGUCUACGACUCAACCAUGCCGUGGGCCCUGGACGUGGCCCGGGCCCAUGGCCUGCUCUGCGCGUCGCUUUUCACGAUGUCGGCGGCGGCCUCUGCGAUUUUCUACCAUUUGAGAAAUGGGGGGGUGAGGUAUCCUUAUGAGGAAUGUGGGGAGGUGAGGCUGCCUUCGCUUGGGGUCAAGGAUUUGCCUUACCUCGUUGCGUUUAUGGAUGAGAAGCAGACCAUUCUCAACCAUCUUUGUGGCCAGUUCUUGAAUCUUGAGAAGGCGGAUUGGAUCUUCAUCAACACGUUCGAUGUUAAGAGUCACCUACUCCUAACGUGA